UUAGGCAGCCGCCCCGCCCCCUGGCCGGCGGUGGGAGGCUCUGAGGCCCCUGAUUGGUGCGAGGGCGCUCGGGCCCCGUCGGCCGCCCAAGCAUUCAGCUUGCUUCAUUGCUUUGGAAACCCUGAGUGAUCGUCCUCCACUCCGGCUCGGGCGGGGAAACUACUGAAAGCCACGGCAGCGCCCGUGCGUGUAUUCAGCUGGCAUGCACUUUGGAGAUCUUCUGCCUUUUAGAAACUGCCACUGAAUCCAAACGCUAAGAUCGUCCCCUGGUUUGUGUGCGCGGGUGGAAGUUUCUUUGGGGGUUCUGCGAAGAGGUGGUGCCUUCUACCAAAGAGCCAAAUACACACAAUCAAUGUGAAUAUGAGGCACAGGAGGUGCCAGGGAUGAACGACCGGUGCUUUGGGCAGCUGCUGAACGUUGGGGUGUGGGUGUGAGUUAUGAUGCCCCCUCUCCACGUGCCUCUAGCCUUGAGAACAUGACAACAGUGCAAAAUGGCUUUGGGAAUAGCCCUGCUACCACCUGUAUAGUUAUGGAACCAGCUGAGACCAGAACAAUCAUUAAUUCUUCUUGUCAGAAUGGGGUAUGCAAGAGCAGUAAUAACAGUGAUUCAGAAGGCCAAGAAGACAAACUCAGCCCUUCCAAACUCGUGCGUCUUUUCUCAGCCACUAGGAAGAGGAGUAGCUGCAAUGCAGAAAGGCCCCGCUCAAUGAUUCUAAUGGGCAAUUCCUCCACCUGGAAUGCUCUGUCUUCCUUCAGGAAAAUGGGAUCAUUUAAAAAACUGAAGUCCUCAGUUCUUCAAGGAAUUCAGGGUCGGGAGGACCCAGAUGUCUUGAAUGAGGAUGCUUCUGAAAAUGACUUGGGAAAACCCAUUCCCAAUGGUUCUGUGACAGGAGUCCAAACUAACAGGUAUUCUUAUGGAGGACAAUUGAAUGAUUUCCACAAGGCAGUGGAUGGGGGGGUAUCAGAUUGCUCUGACCCAGAAGAAAAUGAUGAUGUCUUCCUGAGGAAUACUCACAGGUCAAGGAGCAUCAGGAGAGCCUAUGGCGUCGGCCGCAUUAACUUAUUGGACUCUGAUAAGCAUCCUGGCCCCCAGCACUGUGCCAGGCCUCUGUCACCCAUCAUGCAGGAGCCCCAAAUCUGUGAAAUUCUAGUGAAAAACUCUGAAAAUAACCGUAUUAUCUAUAGGAGAAGCAAGAGUACCGAUAACUUGAACUUCCUGAGGAAAAGUUCUUUUAAGCGGAAGUCCACCUCAAACCUCACUGAUCUGAAAAUGACAAAUGAGAAACAUGAAAUUCAAAGGACGCUAAGUUCUCCCACCAGCUCUGAUAAAACCAGUGGGUUGGACAGGAGGUCAAAACGCUGGAAGAGUCCGAUAAGAGCCAAGGAUUUUGAUCGAGUUUUGAAACUUGUAAGUAAUGUUGCCGAUGCUGCUUGGAAGAGAGAGACUCCUAAGAGUGGGGCGCCAAUCCCGAGCGAGCCAAACCAAAGAAUACAGCUCAACAGCCAACUACACGACGAUUACUCCCGCCGUGUUUCUACCAAUACAGAGCAGGACCAGAAGAGGUGCACAUCCCCAGUGUGCAAUGUAGAGUCUUCCUUUACAGUAAUCCCUAGCCUCAGUUCAACCAUUUCUCAGGGCACUGAUACAGAAAUUGAAACAAAGGUGUUUCCUCUCAAAGCCAAAACCCCCCAGGAAUCAGGAGGUGUCCAUCAGUCUGCUGACACUUCCUCAUCGAGCCCCACUGCCCUGAAAGCAUUUAUCAAAGACUCUGAUAAACCAAAAAAUGCCAGUCAGUUUACAUGUGAAUUGGAGCACCCUAGCACACCGCCUUGGCCCACCGCCCCCAAACCUCAGAGCCCUGUUUCAGAAAAUGCCAAGUACCACAUUAAUUUCCGUUGUCCAAACACUCAUAGCACAUUGUCUCUGAGCUCAAUGGAAAGUGAAGAGAGAGCAGAAGUGCCUGCCCUGAAGGGGAGGAGCCCAGUGUCCUUCCAGGAGUCAGUGAAAACAGUGUAUUAUGAUGAUGGUAAUGAAGACAGUGGCAUCAGCAGCCACUCACAGCUGAGCCUCAAUUUAGCCACUAGUCCAGAGGAGAGGAAGGAAGAGGUUGUUACUGAUGAACAGUGGAGGAAGUCUUCCUCCCAGGAUGAAGAAAAGGCCGAGCCGCCUCGAGUCACAAGGAGGAGAUGGGGUUCUGGAAAAAGAUCCCGACCUAGGCCCCUCUCCGAUUAUAGUCACUUGACAAGCAGAAGCUUCUCCAUUCCUGAAGACUCCAUUGCCAUGGAAACCCAGCAACUGGACUGUGUGGAUGGAGGAAACCAACAGAGUCUGGCCUCCUCUGACACUUCUGACCAAAAUGUUUCUUCGGGUUACCCAAGGGGAUGCCGAAAAAGAAGACCCAUCUCUGUGAUAGGCGGGGUCAGCUUCUAUGGGAACAACCAGACCGAAGAAAUAGAAAAUCUUCUGACCCACCCAGUAGCGAGACCCCCAGUUCCAGCUCAUCAAGUGCCACCAUAUAAAGCUGUUUCUGCCCGGUUCCGUCCAUUCACAUUUUCCCAAAGCACACCCAUUGGGUUGGACAGAGUUGGACGCAGACAGCAGAUGAGAGCAUCUAAUAUUUCCACAGAAGGAACUACAGAGUCGUCUGCCUUAGUUGAUGACAAUGGAAGUGAGGAAGAUUACAGUUAUGAAGAACUCUGUCAAGCCAGUUCCAGAUACUUACAGCCCGGGGGAGAACAGCUAGCCAUCAAUGAGCUAAUCAGCGAUGGCAACGUGGUCUGUGCAGAAGCUCUGUGGGAUCAUGUGACCAUGGAUGAUCAGGAGCUUGGCUUCAAAGCUGGAGAUGUCAUCCAAGUACUGGAGGCCUCUAAUAAAGACUGGUGGUGGGGCAGGAAUGAGGACAAGGAAGCCUGGUUUCCUGCUAGCUUUGUCAGGUUACGAGUCAAUCAGGAAGAAAUCUCAGAGAAUUCCAGCAGCACUCAAGGUGAAGAGCGAGAUUCAGAAGCUGGGAAGCACCGCCAGAAACAUUCAGAAAACAAAGACCAGAUGAGGACCAAUGUCAUACAAGAGAUCAUGAACACUGAACGAGUCUAUAUCAAGCAUCUCAAAGACAUCUGUGAGGGUUAUAUUCGGCAGUGUCGCAAACAUACAGGAAUGUUCACUGUUGCCCAGUUGGGUACCAUUUUUGGAAACAUUGAAGAGAUUUAUAAAUUCCAAAGGAAGUUCUUGAAAGAUCUUGAGAAGCAAUACAAUAAAGAAGAACCUCAUCUGAGUGAAAUAGGAUCCUGCUUUCUUCAACAUCAAGAAGGCUUUGCCAUCUAUUCUGAAUACUGUAACAACCAUCCUGGGGCCUGCCUGGAGCUUUCGAACCUGAUGAAGCAGGGCAAGUACAGGCACUUCUUUGAAGCCUGCCGCCUGCUUCAGCAGAUGAUUGACAUAGCCAUCGAUGGAUUUCUCCUGACUCCCGUUCAGAAGAUUUGCAAAUACCCUCUGCAGCUAGCUGAGUUACUGAAGUACACCACUCAAGAGCACAGCGAUUACAACAAUAUAAAGGCAGCAUAUGAGACUAUGAAGAAUGUAGCAUGCUUAAUCAACGAGCGCAAACGCAAGUUAGAGAGCAUAGACAAGAUAGCACGCUGGCAAGUGUCCAUUGUGGGCUGGGAGGGGCUCAAUAUUUUAGACCGCAGUUCAGAACUGAUCCAUUCAGGAGAACUGACUAGAAUCACAAAACAAGGAAAAAGCCAGCAGAGGACUUUCUUCCUCUUUGACCACCAGCUUGUGUUCUGCAAGAAGGACCUGCUCAGGCGUGACAUGUUAUACUACAAAGGCCGAAUUGACAUGGAUGAGAUGGAGCUGAUGGACAUAGAGGAUGGGCGGGACAAGGACUAUAAUAUCAAUGUAAAGAACGCCUUCAAAAUCAUCAAUAAAUCGACAGAAGAGGUGUAUUUGUUUUGUGCCAAAAAGCAAGAGGAUAAAGGCAGGUGGAUGCAAGCGUGUGCUGAUGAGCGGAGACGGGUGCAAGAAGACAAAGAGAUGGGAAUGGAAAUAUCAGAAUCUCAAAAGAAACUUGCUAUGUUAAACGCUCAAAAACCAGGCCAUGGAAAGUCAAAAGGUUAUAAUGGGUGUGCUGUGCCUCCCCCCCAUCAAAGCUUACAUCCUAUUCACCAACGCCAUAUCACAGUGCCUACCAGCAUUCCUCAACAACAAGUUUUUGCCCUGGCAGAACCUAAGAGAAAGCCAUCUCUGUUUUGGCAUACCUUCAAUAAACUCACCCCAUUCAAGAAAUGAAAAAAAUAUCAUCUCCCUGCUGGCAGGGGCUCUGUGUGGAGAAGAGACAUGUUCUUUCUUUUCCUCUAUUUGAAAUCCAUCUUGGACUCAGUGCUGAAGAUCAUCUUUGGUGGGGAUCAAUGAAGGAGAGGAGUUGAGCUCACCUUCUACCAGGAACUUCUUGGAGGGUAGAAGAUCAUGAUGCACAGUCAUAAGACAGCCUAGCACAGUGGUUGCAUUAUAGGCACUUAAUAAUGGCUUGUUGAAUUGAAACCCUUCAUAUUCUUUCUGCUCUGAAUUGACCAGAGACUUGGAGAUCUGUGAUGUGCUCUAAAGCAAGUGUUGAUUCUACCAAACAGUUGCUAAUGAUGAGCAUGUUCAUUGGUGACCAGGGGAGUUGUGGUUUCAAAGGUGAAGAUCCAAGGGCCUGUUUUUUCAACUUGUCCCAAGGCAUGCCUAGCUUUGGAGGACCACUGUUACAUUCCCAAUGCCAUGCUUGGUUUUGAGGGAUAUCAUCUAUAGAAUUGAAAUAUUUCUUCUUCUUGUCAUGUGUUCAGUGGGAUCUUAGGAAAGCUUUUGCUUUCCUCCAAUGCAUCUGUUAACCUCAUCUCACCCAUUCACAGCUGCAGAAGAAGGCCAAGGACCUUCCUGUUCAUUUCUGUACUUCCAAAUAUUUCCCAAGUGGUAGUGGGAAAUGAUCCACAGCCUUAUUCUCUUGCAGGCUAGGAGGGAAAAAAAAGGCUACUGCUGAAUCAAAUGGCAGCAAUAAAGCUUGAAUUUCACCUAAGUGUUCAGAAGGUCCUGCUGCUUUCAAGGAAGGAAGUGAGAAGCCCCAGGUCCAGUUGGGUUCAUUUUUCCUCAAAUUAGCUAUUCUCCUGCAUGCAUUAUAGAAUUUAGCAUGCAGAAAUCAACUCUUACCCAUAACUCAACCUACGAGGUUCCUUCUGCCAGUCACAUAUACCUAUUUUUAUUAUAAAAAUACAAGUAUUUCCAUUUUUAUGAUGAUAAUGUGAAUAUAUAAAAUAUUUGUGUACUUCUUCUUCCCAUGCAUUUUUUUCCCUCCCAUGCAUUCCCACAAAGCAAACUCCAAAUUUACACCCAUUCAACUAGAAAGGUACAAAAUAGCCAAGGAGAGCAUUCCCUUGGCCCUUUGAAAUAGGUUUUUAUCUUGUGCAUCAACAUUCCUUCAUGAGUGUGACAACAGAUUUCUGAAGAUCAAUCCUUCUUCGUGGAGACCUUGACAAAACAUAAGACAUGGAGAAUGGUCAUUUUGGCACAUUCAUCUUUUCUUUCCCCUUUUUUCCAACUAAGGAUACACACUAGCUCGUGUCUGUAGAUAACAUAUGAAUUUUAAUGAAAGAGUAAUUUUUUAAAAAAUAUCUUAUGACAGACUCUUUAAGGGUUUCAAGAUGCUUGUUACUUUCAUUUUCUUAGCACACUGGAGGAGAGAACCUUAUGUUAUAUAGUUAAUGCAUUUGUUUUCUAAAAGUGUAUUUAUGGUAAUGUGUUCUUGUCAGAUUGCUCAACUGUUUCUAACCAGGUAUACUCUGAGAAUCAAAGCAGAUUGAUUUAAGGACAAACAGUGGGUCCGGGUAUUCUAGAAUGUCACUCUCAAAGCCUCCCCCUCACAAAGUCUGGCAUUCCUGAAGGAGAACAGCUGGUGGGAAAGAGCAACCGCAAGAUUGUGUGUGAAACCUUUAUGGGUCUUUAUGACACUUAUGCAAAACUUUGAUGAAAAAGUAUUUGUUCACUAACUUAUUGUGAUACUUUUGAUGGAUUAUGUAUAGGAGGUCUUGUUUGCUAUUUAGAAUUACUGUGGUUAAUGACUCUAUGUCAACCUGAGGUAGAAGCUGGUGCUAAGAAAAAGUCAUCAGUAUUUGUGCUGGUGUGUCUUGAAAAAAAAAAGGCGCUUCAGUUUUAAUUGUGUUUGUAUAAUUGGCCUUUUUACUAACAAGCAUUUUUUUAAGAAUGUUGAAUUUUGAAAACUUAAUAUACCUUUGAUGUACCCAUUAGCAAUAACUAUAGUGAUCUGUCUAUGCUAAGUGGAAUGUAUACUAAUCAGAAAUUUUUUAACAGCUUUUCCAUGUUAUAUGAUAGCAUUGCCUUAGGGUAGUCAAUGGAAUUGCUUGACGGUGUUACACUUAUAAAAUGAAAAUUCCGUUUAAAAAAAAUUAAAUUUUCUUUUUUAAUAUCAAAAGUUUAAUGAACCAAUAUGUUGUCUCUGCAAAGCUUUAACACAUUUUUUCUCUGCUGCAUACAAAACAGUGACUUCCAGCUCCUCUACCUCCAUAGUCUUCCAAAUAGAAAAUGAAUGAAUUUGGGGAAAUAGGUUGGUUGAGUUUAGUUUCAGUUCAAAUACAGAUCUGCUUCCAUUUGGUAAAGUUAUUGUGCCAACUCAAAUUCCUCCCCAAUAAAUUUGAACAGGGUAUGAAUCACUUGGCUGCAUGUUUUCCCUAGGUGAACACCUACUGAGAUAUUCAGGGGUUUUUAAACACUCUCAAAGGUUGGUAUCUUGAAGAAUAAGAUGGUGGUUGAUACACUUAAGCCUGGGUUUGUAUGGUUUGGAUUUUGAAUAAUGUGUGUUUGGGUUCUAGGAUUGAAAGGAUCAAGUGUCCUUUUUUUGUAUUUGCCAAAUUCUCUUCUCUGGACAAAUCAUGUUUUAACUGGGAGAGUAAACAAGAAAGAAAGCAAAAGUCCUACUAUAUGGAUUAUGUAUGUGAGUUUCUCCAAAAACAACCCAGAGGAGAGAUUCAAGUGUAACUCCUCUUUAUAUAUUGUGUAGUAAGUGUUCAAGAAGAUUAAUAAAAUGUUUUAAUGGGGGCAGCUAGGUGGCACAAUGGAUAAACCUUUGGCCUUGGAGUCAGCAGAAC